AUGCUGUCCGGAAAGGCCGGCCCUGGUAUUGCAGCAGAAACGAACCGGUUGCACGACGUAUUAGCCCUGCGAGAUUUUCGUUGCGAGGCAUUUCCUGACCCUGGAAACAUGCUUAUUGUCGUCAAAACUGGCGCUACUGAGAUUUAUGAGAAACUUCCUACUCAGAUCCUGACCACACUAGGCUGCGCGAGACAGUUUCUUAUAUUUUCGGAUCUUGAGGAACAAAUUGGCCCUUAUCACGUCCAGGACGCGCUCGCCAACUAUAACGAAAGCAUGAAGAACAAUCACCCUGAUUUUGAUUUGUAUCGGAAGCAGCAAGAGUACCAACGAGAUUGGGAGGACGUGGCCACGCUUAAAAAGGAUGGGGGAGAGGCAUGGGCACUAGACAAGUACAAGUUUCUGCAUCUCGUUGUGAAGGUAUGGCAUGAGCGACCCAAUAUCGAUUGGUAUGUGUUUAUUGAGGCCGAUACUUACGUGGUUUGGUCCAACCUGGUCCUUUGGUUGCAACAACUCUCAGCAGCGGACAAGCUGUACCUAGGGUCAGCAGCCUGGCUCGGACCCCAGGCGUUUGCUCAUGGAGGCAGUGGAUAUGUUUUCUCGGGAAAACUACUACAGCAGUUUGUCGAUGGAAAAUCAGACCUAGCAAGCCGCUACGACGACGUGUUCCCUAAUUACUGCUGCGGGGAUGCUGUUCUAGCACAGAUCCUUAAACAGGAACUGGACAUUGACGUGAAGAAUUACUGGCCACUGUUAAACGGAGAAAAGCCUUCCACGAUGGCAUUCGGGUCUGUGCUAUGGUGCCAGCCAGCCAUUACCAUGCAUCACAUCACACCGCGUGAGCGAAGUGCCAUUUUUGAGUUUGAGCAGUCUCGGAAGAAUCAAAUGAAGCCUCUGCUAUUCAGCGAACUGUCGGAGCUUCCUUUCCCCCCUAACAGCAUGCGUACUGAAGAGGAUGACUGGGACAAUCUCUCCGAUGUCCGCCUUGAUUUUCCAGACGACCCGAGUGUAUCCCUACGCACUUGCCGCGACACCUGUUUAAGGACAGAAGAUUGCUUUCAGUACCGGUACAGUGAAGGGGAGUGCUAUGUUCUAUAUAAAAUGUUCAAAUUGGGCUCCCGAAAAUUGCCUGACGAGAACGGCAGACGGUGGUACUCAGGAUGGGAUGCUAAGAAGAUCCAACAGUGGCGAGACAUGCACCCAUGCAAAGUAGCCUCCUGGAAGAAAGUGCCGUGA